UUCAGCGAGCCGGAGAGAGAGGACAGCAGUUACACUGCCAGGUGGCUGAAAGAUUCAUUGGACUCACUCACAGGCAAACUGGAUCAAUGAUGGAAUUACAAACAUUACAGGAGGCUUUGAAAGUGGAAAUACAAGUCCAUCAGAAACUGGUCGCUCAGAUGAAACAGGAUCCACAGAAUGCGGAUUUGAAGAAGCAGCUUCAUGAGCUCCAGGCAAAGAUCACAGCUCUGAGUGAGAAACAGAAAAAGGUGGUGGAGCAGUUGAGGAAGGACUUGCUGGUGAAGCAGGAGCCAGAGCUGAAGGCAGCAGACAAUAAGCAUGUCAUCCAGCCGCCCUCCAUGCAGCCUCCGCAGACUCCACAGCAGCAACCGCCACCGACCAUGCCUCCCCAGAGCCAGGCAGCUCCACAGAAGACGCUGACGGUCACACCAGUUCUUACCACCAAGACUCUACCUCUAGUAUUGAAAGCUGCCACAGCAACCAUUCCCGCUUCUGUCGUGACACAGCGCCCCACCGUCGCCAUGGUCACUGCCAUCAGCAAUGCCUCCAAACCCUGUGUCAACUCUGACUCGCAAAACGCACCAAUCAACCUUCAGGUGGCCAGCAAACUCGCCGAUCAGGGCGCAGAUCCUGCCAGGAUUGUGCCCAAGAAUGUUAUUGUAGUGCAGGCCACCACCACAUCUACUCAGCCUAUCAAAGUUCCUCAGUUUGUUCCUCCUCCUAGACUGACGCCUCGACCCACCUUUCUGCCUCAGGUGCGACCCAAAACCCCCGUGCCCAACAACACCGUACCCAUCGCCCCUGCACCCCCUCCACCCAUGAUGGCACCACCACAGCUGCUCCAGAGGCCCGUGAUGGUAACCACCAAGCUGACGUCAUCGCUGCCCACUGCUACCGCUGCUACCGGACCCAUUCACCAGGUGCGCAUUGUCAACGGCCAACCCUGCACCGCCACCGUGGCCAAAACCCCUUCCCCUGGCCAGGUGACUGGCAUUGUCAUCAGUGCCCCUACCCAGACACUCCAGAUCAGCAGCUUAACCACAGACACAAAGACUGUUAAAUCUCAGGGGGGAACUGAUCAGGUGUUGGCCAGCACUCCUUCCUCAUCUACCCCUCCUCCUCCUCCACCACCACCACCAAAGGCAAAGAAGGAGGAGAAUCCUCAGAAACUCGCUUUCAUGGUGUCCCUUGGCUUGGUGACUCAUGACCAUUUGGAAGAGAUUCAGAGCAGAAGGCAGGAGAGGAAAAGAAGAACAACAGCUAAUCCUGUUUACAGUGGAGCCGUGUUUGAACCUGAGAGAAAAAAGAGUGCAGUUACCUACCUGAACACUCCCCUCCACCCAGGAACCAGGAAACGAGGUCGCCCUCCCAAAUACAGCAGUGUGGCGCCGGAGCUGGGCUGCCAUCCCAUGACCUCCCCCUCCGGCAGUCACCCCGCCUCCCCAGCCCCCGAGCGGCCCGACGCAGGCGGCCUCCCCCUCCCUGUUCACCCCCACUCUCUCCCUCAGCCCAGCCCCAGCUCCGGGGAUGGAGACAUCCAUGAGGAUUUCUGCACUGUGUGCAGACGCAGUGGCCAGCUGCUCAUGUGUGACACGUGCUCACGUGUCUACCAUCUGGACUGCUUGGACCCGCCCCUCAAAAACAUUCCCAAAGGCAUGUGGAUCUGUCCCAAAUGUCAAGACCAGAUACUGAAAAAAGAAGAGGCCAUUCCAUGGCCAGGGACCCUGGCUAUUGUUCAUUCCUAUAUUGCAUAUAAAGAAGCUAAAGAAGAGGAGAAACAGAAGCUGGUGAAAUGGAGUGCUGAGCUCAAGAUGGAAAGAGAACAGCUAGAACAGCGAGUCAAGCAGCUCAGCAAUUCCAUAACAAAAUGUAUGGAGACCAAGAACGCCAUCCUGGCUCGACAGAAGGAGAUGCAGGCAUCACUGGAGAAGGUUAAGCACCUGGUACGUCUCAUCCAGAGCUUCAACCUGAGCCAGGCCAUGGAGGUAGAAAAUACGCAAGACACUCAAUCAGCCAAUCAACUGGCUCCUAAGGAUGAUAACACAUUGCAUCCAGUCAAAGACAAGCUAACCACGGAGGUCACAGCCGAGGCUAGUUCUCAGGCCAGUGGUCUAGCGGUUCCAGCAGUUAACGCUGAGCCUGCAGUCGCAGUGACAGCCGAACCGGCGAGAGCAGUCAAGCCUGAGUGUGACACAGGAGCGUGCAACGAGCCUGAGGCAGAGGUUAACACGGCCGAAGUCGAGGCCGCCGUCAAAGUGGGCGAACCAGCAGAGGUCAAAGCAAACGGUAGCACAGACUACACGUGCACCGAGCCCUGUAAAGAAGCAGGGAGCAGCCCCACCGGCGACACUACCUCUGCUAAUUUGGAGAGCGUCCUGUCUGUUGCUGACAAUGGAACGGUGGAGCCGGAAGAGAUGUUGGUGGACAAGCAGCACCAAGAAGGGGAAGAGGAGGAGGGAAUGAACAACAGCAGCAGCGCCAACAACGGCAAAACCUCAGAACCUUCCCAGCAGCCUUUGGCAGCCCAGAUUAACAGUUUGGACGAUGCAAAAUAAUAUUCAGCCCUGUUAAAUAGACUAACGUGUCCCCACAAUGUU